AUGUCGUCGGAGCCAGAUCAUACUCACGACAAGAAGAGGGUCAACCUUCAGGACGCCUCGGGUGCCGAGAAGAAGGAUGAGCUCGACACCUCAACCGCUAUUCUCAAGAAGAAGAAGAAGCCCAACUCGUUGAUUGUGACGGAUGCCGUCAACGAUGACAACUCGGUGAUCGCUCUUUCAAACAACACCAUGGAGACUCUCCAACUCUUUCGUGGUGACACAGUCCUGGUGAAGGGUAAGAAGCGGAAGGACACGGUGCUGAUUGUCUUGGCGGAUGACGAUCUGGACGAUGGGAGUGCCCGCAUCAACCGAGUGGUGCGCCACAACCUUCGCGUCAAGCACGGAGAUGUCAUCACCGUGCACCCUUGCCCUGAUAUCAAAUACGCCAAGCGCAUUGCCGUCCUUCCUAUUGCCGACACCAUCGAGGGCCUGACCGGCUCGCUUUUCGAUGUCUACCUUGCUCCCUACUUCCGCGAGGCCUACCGGCCAGUCAGACAGGGCGACCUGUUCACAGUACGAGGUGGUAUGAGACAAGUGGAAUUCAAGGUCGUGGAAGUGGAUCCCCCCGAGUACGGCAUCGUCGCCCAGGACACCAUCAUUCACUGUGAGGGCGAGCCGAUUCAACGGGAGGAUGAAGAAGGUAACCUGAACGAGGUUGGCUACGAUGAUAUUGGUGGAUGCCGAAAGCAGAUGGCUCAGAUCCGUGAACUGGUCGAGCUGCCUCUCCGCCAUCCCCAGCUCUUCAAGUCCAUUGGUAUUAAGCCGCCCCGUGGUAUCCUCAUGUACGGCCCCCGGACCGGUGCCUUCUUCUUCCUCAUCAACGGUCCCGAGAUCAUGUCGAAGAUGGCUGGUGAAUCGGAGUCGAACUUGCGCAAGGCGUUCGAGGAGGCCGAAAAGAACUCUCCGGCCAUCAUCUUCAUUGAUGAGAUCGACUCGAUUGCUCCCAAGCGUGAGAAGACCAAUGGUGAGGUUGAGCGCCGGGUUGUCUCCCAGCUUCUCACCCUCAUGGACGGCAUGAAGGCCCGAUCCAACGUUGUGGUCAUGGCCGCCACCAACCGCCCCAACUCCAUCGACCCUGCUCUUCGCCGUUUCGGCCGUUUCGACCGUGAGGUUGACAUCGGUAUUCCCGACCCCACCGGCCGUCUGGAGAUCAUGCAGAUCCACACCAAGAACAUGAAGCUUGGUGAGGAUGUCGACCUGGAGACGAUCGCCGCCGAGACCCACGGUUACGUCGGUUCCGAUCUCGCAUCCCUGUGCUCCGAGGCCGCUAUGCAGCAAAUCCGUGAGAAGAUGGAUCUCAUUGAUCUUGAUGAGGACACAAUUGAGGCGGAGGUGCUCGACUCCCUUGGUGUCACUAUGGAGAACUUCCGCUAUGCUCUGGGUGUCUCCAACCCGUCUGCCCUCCGCGAGGUGGCCGUAGUCGAAGUCCCCAACGUCCGCUGGGACGACAUUGGUGGUCUGGAGGAGGUCAAGCACGAGCUCAUCGAGAGCGUCCAGUACCCUGUGGACCACCCCGAAAAGUUCCAGAAGUUCGGUCUCUCGCCUUCACGUGGUGUGCUGUUCUAUGGUCCCCCGGGUACCGGUAAGACCAUGCUGGCCAAGGCCGUCGCCAACGAGUGUGCCGCCAACUUCAUCUCGGUCAAGGGUCCUGAGCUGCUGAGCAUGUGGUUCGGUGAGUCUGAGAGCAACAUCCGUGACAUCUUCGACAAGGCCCGUGCCGCUGCUCCUUGUGUCGUCUUCCUUGACGAGUUGGACUCCAUCGCCAAGUCUCGUGGUGGCUCCGUGGGUGAUGCCGGCGGUGCCUCCGACCGUGUUGUUAACCAGCUCCUGACCGAGAUGGAUGGUAUGACCUCGAAGAAGAACGUCUUUGUCAUUGGUGCUACCAACCGUCCGGAGCAGCUGGAUGCUGCUCUGGUCCGUCCCGGCCGUCUUGACACGUUGGUUUACGUUCCCCUGCCCGACCAGGCUUCCCGAGAGGGCAUUCUCAAGGCGCAGCUCCGCAAGACCCCCGUUGCGACCGACGUCGAUAUGGCCUUCAUUGCCAGCAAGACCCACGGUUUCUCCGGUGCCGAUCUCGGCUUCGUGACGCAGCGUGCCGUGAAGCUGGCGAUCAAGGAGGCUAUCACCGCCGACAUCGAGCGCCAGAAACAGCGCGAGGCUGCCGGCGAGGAUGUGAAGAUGGAGGACGAGGAGGAUCUGGAGGAGGAAGACCCCGUGCCGGAGCUCACCCGCGCUCACUUCGAGGAGGCCAUGAAGUCGGCCCGCCGCUCCGUCAGCGAUGUCGAAAUCCGUCGAUACGAAGCCUUCGCCCAGAGUCUAAAGAACUCUGGCGGCAGCAGCUUCUUCCGCUUCCCCUCUUCCGGGGAGGUCCAGGAAAACGACACGUUCGGCGAAGCCGGCAAUGACGACAGCCUCUACGAUUAA